AUGCAUUCUGAAUACCAUAUUGAGAAUUGUGCUUCUAUUUGCAGAUCAACGGAUUAUGGCAGCACUUAUGAGAGACUGAAUGAUAAAGUGGGAGUCAAGACCGUUUUGAGUUACCUCUAUGUCUGCCCCACCAACAAGAGAAAGAUAAUGGUGUUGACUGACCCAGAGUUUGAAAGCAGUAUUCUCAUCAGCUCGGAUGAAGGUGCCAGUUAUCAGAAGUACCGCUUAAACUUCUUUGUCUUAAGUCUUCUUUUCCAUCACACUCAAGAGGACUGGGCAUUAGCCUACAGCCACGAUCAGAAGCUGUAUAGUUCAUUUGACUUUGGCCGAAAGUGGCAGCUGGUUCACGAGCGAGUGACUCCGAAUCGCUUCUACUGGUCAGUUACCGGUCUGGACAAGGAGUUAGAUCUGGUGCACAUGGAGGCCCACACUCCUGAUGGCCAUUGUCAGUAUGUGACAUGCAGAGCUCAAGCCUGCUCUGAAUCCAGUAGGACAUAUCCAUUUUCUGGCUAUAUUGAGACCAACUCACUUGUGGUUCAAGAUGAAUAUGUGUUUGUUCAGGUGACGACCACUGGCAGAGCGAGCUACUAUGUGUCCUAUCAAAGAGAACCUUUUGUAUGCAUUAAAAUCCCCAAAUACUCCCUGCCCAAGGACAUGCAUAUUGUGAGCACAGAUCAAGGUCAGGUUUUCACCGCCGUCCAGGAGUGGAAUCAGAACGAUACCUACAACCUGUACAUAUCUGACACGCGUGGCAUAUACUUCACCUUGGCCCUGGAGAACGUCAGGACCAGCCGUGGGCUCGGAGGCAACAGCAUGAUCGACCUUUACGAGGUAGCAGGGAUUGAAGGUAUGCUCAUCGCUAAUAGGAAGGUGGAGAACCAGGUGAAGACGUACAUUACUUACAACAAGGGCCGAGACUGGAGGCUUUUGCAGGCGCCCGCUACUGACUUGGCAGGAAAUCCCAUUCAUUGUGUGCUGCCGUUUUGCUCGCUGCACCUACAACUGCAGAUGUCAGAGAACCCGUACCUCUCAGGCUCCAUCUCCACCAAGAGCUUGGCACCGGGAGUCAUCGUGGCUACAGGAAAUAUUGGCUCUGAGCUGUCUUACAAUAAUGUGGCGAUGUUCAUUUCAUCAGAUGCAGGCAAUAACUGGAGACAGAUUUUUGAGGAAGAACACAACGUGUGGUUUUUGGACAAAGGUGGAGCUUUGGUUGCCGUGAAGCAGCCCACUGUGCCUACUAGACAUCUUUGGAUCAGCUUUGAUGAAGGUCGUCAGUGGACACGUCACAGUUUCUCAGCCAUGCCGCUGUUCGUGGAUGGUGUUCUGGUGGAGGCAGGUGUAGAAAAUCAGAUAAUGACGUUUUUUGGACACUUCAGUCAUCGUUCUGAAUGGCAGCUUAUCAAAAUUGACUACAAGUCCAUAUUCACCAGAAGGUGCACAGAGGGAGACUACCAAACCUGGCACCUGCAUAACCAGGGUGAGCCAUGCAUAAUGGGUCAAAAGCAGAUCUACAUGAAGCGUCGUCCAGGAAACUACUGCGUGGUUGGAUGGGACAACUCCAGGAUCCUGUCUGCAGAACCCUGCAUUUGCAGAGCACACGACUUUGAAUGUGAUUAUGGUUUUGAUAGAAGAGGGGAUGGAAACUGUUUGCCUGCAUUUUGGUUCAACCCUUCCACAUUGUCUCGAAGCUGCAGCCAAGGGCAAAACUACCUCAACAGCACAGGGUAUCGUAAAGUGGUUGCGAAUAACUGCACAAAAGGAGUGAAGGAGAUGUACACAGCCAGGAAACAGCAAUGUCUGAACCGCCCCCCGCGAGGUUUAGUCCUGACAACCCACGACAACAAACUCACAGCCAACAUGGGCAGCAAUGUGACCUUCCUGGUGCGGCUAGAAGAGGGCGACUCAAUGAGAACAAACAUUCAGCUGGACUUUGGGGACGGUACGGCCGUGUCCUACUCCAACCUGAGCUGGACCCAGGAGGGCAUCCGGCACGUGUACCGCAGCGCAGGCAUCUUCAGAGUAACAACGCUGGCGGAGAACAGCCUCGGGUUCGACACGUCAUCCCUCCACCUGCAUGUGACGUGCCCUGUGGAGCAUAUUCAGCUGCUGGCUCCAUAUGUGGUCAUUAAGAAUAAGGAGGUGAACUUGACGGCAGUGGUCUGGCCUUCUCAUUUCAGAACGCUCACCUAUUUCUGGUGGCUGGGGAACAACACGGAGCCCAUCAUUACGUUGGACAGCAGUAUUUCCCACACGUUCAGCACCGAGGGCAUGGUCACCGUCACUGUUCAGGUCUCAUCAGGAGACUCUAUACUACAGGACACCAGAAGCAUCGCCAUACAAGAAUUCUUCAAAUCGCUUCUUUUAUCUUUCUCUCCUAAUCUGGACGAGGCCAACCCGGACAUACCGGAGUGGAGACAGGAUGUGGGUCGGGUAAUUAAGAAGGCUGUUCUCCAAGUCGCUGACAUUCCGGAAGAACAGCUGCUGGUGGCCGUGUUUCCUGGCAUUCCGACUGCGGCCGAACUCUUCCUGCUGCCUCCCAGGAACCAGUCGGAUGGCAGGAAACGGACCGAGGAGGAUCUGGAGCAGAUAUCAGAAAUCUUGGUCAACGCAUUAAAUCAGAUCUCUGUGGAGUUCGAGUUGAAACCUGGCUCCCAGGUCAUCGUUUACAUCACGCAAUUAACUUUAGCUCCGCUGGUUGACUCCAUCCCGAGACACAGCAGUUCUGCUAUGCUGAUGCUUCUGUCUGUGGUGUUUUUGGGUUUAGCUGUAUUUCUCAUCUACAAAUUUAAGAGAAAAAUCCCUUGGAUUAACAUCUACGCAGAGGUGAACCAUGAGAAAGAGCAGGAGAUGAUCAGUACGGUGGGCCAGAAUGACGCCACACCAAAAAUCACCCUGAAUGAGUUCUCCACCCAGAAAGAACUGAUGGAGAAAGAGCUGGAGGCCUGUGCCAAACGCGGUGUGAUCAACACCUGUGAAAGCACAAGGGAGAUCCCGAACUGCACGAGUGUCUGAAAACGUCAAGAAAGAAGGCGGAGGCGUAUUGUAAUAAUGUGUACAGAGGUAUCACAAUUUUAA